AUGGGCGCUACCAGGCUUUACCAGAAGGGACGCAUCCUCGGCCACAAGCGUGGAAAGCGCAACUCGCGCCCCAACCAGUCGCUUGUCCAGAUCGACGGUGUCGACUCGAAGGAGGCCGCCCGCUCUUACCUUGGCAAGCGUAUCGCCUACGUCUACAAGGCCAAGCGCGAGAUCAACGGCUCGCGUGUCCGCGUCAUCUGGGGCCGUGUCACCCGCCCCCACGGCAACUCGGGUGUUGUCAAGUCCAAGUUCACCUCGAACCUUCCCGCGCACAUCUUCGGUGCCUCGUGCCGCGUGAUGCUCUACCCCUCGACCAUCUAA